AUAUAUUUUUAUAUUUGUUUCCAGAAAACAAGAUGAGUGCGAUAGUGAACGCGGCGGCGGACGCCGUCAUCUCGGGGACGGCGAUCGCGGCCGCAGGUACGCAGAUGGCAUACUUCAUCCCGAUGCUGGUGGCGGCCAUCGCGUACUUCCAGUACGAGCAGACGGACCCGGAGGGGCGGCCGGCGGACGCGGGCGACGCGCUGCUGCCCGAGUACGACUUCAUCGUCGUGGGGGCUGGAUCCGCUGGCGCAGUGGUAGCGAACCGUCUCUCCGAAGUGGGCAACUGGCGGGUCCUGCUGCUGGAGGCGGGAGGAGACGAGACGGAGAUCAGCGACGUGCCGCUGCUGGCCGGCUACCUGCAGCUCAGCAAGCUGGACUGGAAGUAUAAGACCGAGCCGCAGGGGACCAGCUGCUUGGCAAUGGAGGGUGGUCGAUGCAACUGGCCCCGCGGGAAAGUCCUCGGUGGAAGUUCAGUUCUGAACUACAUGCUGUACUUGCGAGGAAACAAGAAAGACUACGACACCUGGGAGUCGCUCGGCAACAAGGGCUGGGGCUACAACGACGUCUUGUAUUACUUCAAGAAAUCUGAAGACAACAGGAAUCCUUACUUGGCAAAAACACCAUACCAUAGCACAGGUGGCUAUCUGACAGUUGCCGAAGCGUCAUACCACACGCCUCUAGCAACGAGUUUUGUGGAUGCCGGCAUCGAAAUGGGCUAUGUGAACAGAGAUAUUAAUGGAGAAAAACAAACCGGCUUCAUGGUGGCCCAGGGCACCCUGAGGAGGGGCAGCCGAUGCUCAACUUCUAAAGCUUUCCUAAGACCAGCCAAGUACCGCUCUAAUCUACACAUAGCUAUGCAUUCGUUUGCAUCCAAAGUUAUGAUUGAUCCAAGAACAAAGGUAGCGUUUGGUGUAGAGUUUGUGCGUAAUAAGAUGGUGUACCGCAUCAGAGCCAGAAAGGAGGUAAUUUUAUCAGCUGGAACGAUCAACUCAGCACAGUUGUUGAUGCUGUCUGGUAUUGGACCUGCUGAAGAGUUGAUAAAACAUAGAAUACCAGUCAUCCAGGAUUUGCGCGUCGGCAAAAACCUUCAAGAUCACAUAGGCUUGGGCGGAUUAGCUUUCAUGGUCAAUAAGGAAAUUUCGAUAGUGGAACAAAGAUUGUAUACUAUGAGCACUCUAAUGGAGUAUGCGGUACUCGGUGAAGGCCCACUGACCAUCAUGGGCGGUGUCGAAGGACUGGCAUUUGUCAACACCAAAUACGUAAACGCUUCAGACGACUUCCCCGACAUAGAGUUCCAUUUUAUAUCCGGGUCUACAAACUCUGACGGCGGCGAACAACUGCGGAAGGUUCACGGGCUGACGGAGAACUUCUACGAUGCUGUCUUCAGACCCAUCAACAACAUGGACACCUGGAGCAUCAUCCCCAUGCUGCUGCGUCCCCGGAGCAAGGGAUACAUCCAGCUGCGCAGCAGUAACCCCUACGACUAUCCCUACAUUUACCCGAACUACCUGACAGACGAGAUGGACGUGAAGACUUUGAUCGAAGGUGUGAAGAUUGCGGUGGCACUGUCCACGACCAAGGCGUUCCAGAAGCACGGGUCUGUGUUGAACAAGCACGUGUUUCCCGCGUGCGCCAGCAUCCAGAGGUACACGGAUGCCUACUGGGAGUGUAUGAUCCGGCAGUACACUUGUACUAUUUACCAUCCGGUUGGUACUGCCAAGAUGGGCCCGUACUGGGACCGCGAGGCCGUGGUGGACCCCGAGCUGCGGGUGUACGGGGUCAAGGGCCUGCGCGUCAUCGACGGCAGCAUCAUGCCCAACCUCGUCAGCGGGAACACCAACGCCCCCAUCAUCAUGAUCGGAGAGAAAGGCAGCGACAUGAUCAAAGAGUUCUGGCUCAAACGAAGACGCUCUAGGUAUUAUGUGUGAGCAACGUACAAAGUUAUAGUGACUAGUGACCUAAUUUCAGUAUUGGUGCGUAAGUGCCUAAGUAAUGUGUACAAUUUUGUAAAUAUGAGUAUGUUAUUGAGACUGUUAUUUAUUUGUCGAUAUUUAUUUUUGAAUAAGUUGAAAAUGUUAAAAGAUGAAUAUGUACCUAUGUUUAUGUAUAUAGAGUACCUAAUCUGUUAAGUUUUAAUUAAAUAAAACCAUAUUGU